CAAUAAACUUACCACGGUGAGGGCUCUCGUGCAGCUUUACAUGCCAACAAACGCUGCGGCUAAAUCCACAAAUUACACAACUGGCGCUGCUAACAUCUCAGGCAGGGGUGGAAAUGAUAUGUAUAUGAAAUACAGGUAGAUAGAUAUAGAUAUAUAUCAAGACUUGAAAUGUCUUGUCGCUGGAACAGCCACGGACUACCAUUUUUACCGGGAUAUACAUUUCGGGAUGUGACGAAGUCAGCCUUCCAUCGGCCUCAGACUCUGAGCUAUAAUAAUGGCUAUGCUCUGCCCCGCCGUCCCACUGUGGGCAUUGGCCAGGACCCUCUUUUAUCAGAGCAGCUGACUCAACAAGAGAUUAGUGAGUUAGCCUUUGAGACACCAGACAUUACUUAUGGCCCAUUUGAUAAGACAGUACAUGAAGACUUCAUCCCUGCUCAUGUGGCCCUCGAUAAGAAGGUGCUCCGCUACUAUGGAUACUUUAUGGAGGCUAUCCUAUAUUCCCCUGAAGAGGAGUUCCGUGUGCGCCCUGUGGUAAUUUACUACUACCUAGAGGAUGACAGCAUUUGCAUCAUCGAGCCCACGGUGGAGAACUCUGGGAUACCACAGGGGAUGCGGCUCAAACGCCACCAUUUCCCCAAGAGUGAACGUGGAGAGCAUUACCACUGGAAAGACCUCAACCUUGGUAUGGACCUGGAGGUGUAUGGGGUCAAGUACCGCAUCACACAGUGUGAUGCCUUUACUAAGGAAUUUAUGGAAAGUGAAGGCAUAAUUUUAAAUGACCCUGAGCCAAUGCCAGUGGACCCAUACAUCAAGCAUCGGGAAAAACCUCUGCAUUGCCACACUACACCCUCCACAUUUGAUAAUUUGUACAAGUUUCUCAACAUGGACUGCAAGGUGCUACGCUUCUUCGCCCUGUCGGAAGAUGCUGACUCUCUGUAUGGGGAGUCCAGGCCUGUUACCAUUCACUAUUUCCUGGUGGAUGACACAGUGGAGAUCGCAGAGGUCCAUGAGCCCAACAGCGGCCGGGAUCCCUUCCCUAUCCUGAUGCGGAGACAGGGAAUACCCAAGAAAAUCAAAUCAGAGACUUUCCCCAGCUGUGUGAUGGAGGUCUCAAAGGAAGAAGUGGAUGAGUAUUACUCCCCUAAAGACUUCCAGGUGGGUCAAAGGAUCAAGCUACUGGGGCGCAACUUCCUGCUGUAUGACUGCGACGGCUUCACUAAAGAAUAUUACCACAAAAGCCACCCGGAAAUGGAGAUGAAAUCCAUAGAGAUACCAAAGAAGGUUGAAAUGCCUCAAGACAGGAAGAAGGCGAUUCCUCCCUACAAUGGUUUUGGCACACUUGAGGACUCUCUCCAGAAUUGUUUGCAUCUGAUUCCUGAGCCUCCCAAAGUGAACGUGGUAAAGAAGCUAGAAAAUGACCAGAAGGUGUUGCGCUACAGUGCCAGACUGGAAUCCCAGAAUCCUGAAGAUGAAACCCGCCGUUUCAUCCUGUCCUACUUCCUGUCCAAUGACAUGAUCAGCGUUUUUGAAAAGACCAUUCGCAAUUCUGGUAUCAUUGGUGGCAAGUUUCUGGAAAAGACCCGCGUCCCUAAGCCAGGCUCCACUGUGGACAACCCUGAGUUCUACUCACCUGCAGACUUUGCUAUUGGGGCCACUGUGGAAGUUUUCGGUCACCGCUUCGUGUUGACUGAUGCUGACCACUACGUGCUUAAAUACUUGGAGUCCAACUCAAGCAAUAUCCCUUCUAAGACGCUGCAGUCUUUGCGACGGAAGCUGGGUGUUGAAAUGGAAACUACCCAGGCACCUGACCAAGGUGGUGAUUAAAUCAUCCAUUUAGAAAAGAAGAAAGCAGUGACACCUUUCCACCAGUGACGGAGCAGAGCAGCCUUUUUGACGUACAGGAAAUUCUGCAAUUCCAAGUGCUUCUUCUGCAAGAAAUCCACUGUGAAUCAAAGCCUUUGCAAAGUGUUUCUUAAAGGGUCUAAUGUUUCAUCAUGUUAAGUAAAAACUUCAAAUAGCACAAAUACAGCUACCUUUCGCUGAUGCUUUAAAAAUAACCUUAUGGUGUCUUUACCAAGGAGUUCUCUGAGGUGUGCAUUUGUCCCAAAAACUGCGGUUUGUACUGUUCAAUUAUAAUAGGAAGUACAGUUAUACUUCCCCAUCACUGGUGGGUACUUCUUACUAAGAGUUUGAAAUACUUCUGUUCAGAUUUGAUGGUUUACAGACUGGCAAUGCCAGUGCUUCUUAAAAUAUUAACUAAAUAAAAAUAAUUUUUUUUUUUAAA